GAAAGCACAUUGUGAAAUUAACAAGCGUCGGUUUUGGAAUAUCGCUCUUCGUUUUGGCAAAAUGGACCAAGUUGAAGGUAUAGCUAGAGCUGGAGGAUCUCCACAACCGUUGUACAUGGAGUUGAUUGUCUACGCAACAACCUCCUGCCGAAUGUUUUACAUCCAAGACGCUUCCGCCUGGCUAGAGUGGUCCUCGGAAGACCCUCGUGGUCAGAAUCUCACCGCCCAAGAAGCGUGCCGCAUGUUCCUGACAAAGGUCCUGCCCCACAUAGACACCUAUCAGCUGCCGGCAAGUAUCAAAAACCGCUGCAAGCUCUGGAAUUUGCAUCCGUUGUUUCGACGCGUCGCCGAGGGUUAUCUGUACGUUGGGGAAAGCAGCGGACUAACUGCCCGCUUCGUAGUGGAGCCGAACCGAGAUUUUCGUCUAGUCAGUGGAAUAUCCGGGAGCGAAUCCGCAGAGAGAUCCCACACUGUGCUUAUGGAUAACGAGGCUGUAGAACACCAAACUUGCACUGGGUACAAUUUUAAGAUUAGCGUUGAGAUGGCAGCUCUAUUGUCAGUCAUGGUGUCCACCGAUCAGGAGCUAUCCAUUGGCCAGAUGCACGAUCUGGCUGAGAUUCACCGCCGCUUGCGCCUUGCCAAGCAAUCUUUUGAAGAUACUGGCAGUCUGGCUCCCUUUCGUUCUGAAGUCGACCACCUCGUGUACAAUAUGAAUAUAUUUGUUAACAUAAAAGAGAAGCUUUGUCGCGUGAUGAGUAAUUGCAAGAAAUAUUAGAAUCUUUGGAUUCAGCUGUAUUUAAAAAUAUCUAUUAUAUGUUAUUAAUCGUUCUAUAAUCCUGUAUUAACUUUUACUCACCCCUAAAUACGCGAAUAUUUGAAUACUUUUGUAUAUGUGGAAUUUUAUCAAUCUUAAUUUGACUAUUUAAGUCCAAUUAUAUAUUAAGUACUUUAUCAGCCUUAA